GACAAGCUUCAGAGAGCACCGCGAGCAGACGAGAGGCAGCGGGGGAGAGAGAAAGAUGGAGGUGAGGGUCGGGGAGAGACUCCUGUGCCUGGCUGUGCUGUCCAGCGUCUUCUGCGUGGAUUCAGUCCUCGGGAAAUACGUGAAAGGAAUCGUCAACACGAAAGAGGACUGGGUUUUCCUCACACGCUUCUGCUUUCUCACAGACUUUGGUCGCCUGGACUUCCGGUUCCGUUAUCCGAAGUCUCGCUGCUGUCAGAACAUAUUGCUCUACUUUGAUGACAGCUCUCAGUGGCCAGCUGUGUACAAGAGGCCUGAAAAGAACUGCUACCAGAAAGAAGCGGUGCUGAGACCAGAGAACAACCAGGUCAUCAACCUAACAACACGCUACACCUGGUCUGGCUGUGUGGUGGAGGGAGACGGCAACGAGGAGGUUCUGAGCUGUGUGGGCGGUCGUAGUUUCCGCUCGGUCAGGGAGAGAUGGUGGUACAUCGCUCUCAGCAAGUGUGGGGGCGAUGGCUUGCAGCUGGAGUACGAGAUGAAGCUGACCAAUGGCCAGUCUUUCUGGACGCAGCAUUUCUCAGCAGAUGAGUUCGGUAUCUUGGAGACGGAUAUCACGUUCCUGGUCAUCUUCUCCAUGGUGUUCCUCCUCUCGUGCUACUUUGCCUACAAUCUGAAGGGAAGACAGCUUCUUCACACAACCUACAAAAUGUUUAUGACUGCGGCAGGUGUUGAGGUGCUCAGCCUGUUGUUCCAUUGUGUCUACUGGGGCCUGUAUGCAAGAGAUGGAGUCGGCAAUGGCAGCCUGAAAAUACUGGGGAAAUUACUGUUCUCUGUCAGUUUCUUGGUGUUCCUUCUCAUGCUCAUAUUGUUGGGCAAAGGUUUCACUGUCACCAGGGCGAGAAUCAGCCACAGUGGGUCGGUUAAGUUGAGCAUCUACAUGACAGUCUAUACGAUCACCUACGUCAUCCUCUUCAUAUACGAAGCAGAGUUUUUUGACCCUGGCGAGGUCCUGUACGCCUAUGACAGCCCUGCAGGCUACGGACUGAUGGGCCUGCAGCUGUUGGCCUACGUGUGGUUCUGCUACGCUGUGUUGGUCUCCCUGAAGCACUACCCUGAGAAGCAGCCCUUCUACGUCCCUUUCUUCACCACGUACACACUAUGGUUUUUCGCUGUGCCUGUUAUGGCUCUGAUUGCCAACUUUGGGAUUCCUCGGUGGGCCCGUGAGAAGAUCGUCAACGGCAUUCAGCUCGGCAUCCAUCUCUACGCUCACAUCGUCUUCCUGAUCAUCACACGACCUUCAGCAGCCAAUAAGAACUUUCCAUAUCAUGUCCGGACAUCCCAGAUUGGGAUCCUGCUGUCCAGUCCAAAAGGAGGCGAGGGAGCUGAGAGCUUCCCUCACCAUGCUUAUGGAAACAGCUCCUUCCUUGGAGACUCUCAGCCCAACUUCACAGAACUGUUCUCUAUCCAAUCAGACCCAGUAAAGACAGUGGAGGAGACAGUGGCUCGUAAAGGACCUGAGGUGCCAAGGAACAGUGAGCAGAAGAUCAUCACCACUGCAGCAGACCUGACAUCGAUACUGCCCCCACCUCCGCCUCCAAUACCCCCACGCCUGGCCACACGCUCACCCCCACUGCCGCCCCGGCUGCCUUCCUUCACCGAGUAUUUCAGCAUGCAGAGCGGAGGAGGAGGAGGGUUUGGAACAAAGGCAUGAAACCAAGAAAGAGACUGAGUGAGAGAGGGGAAGACACAGGAAACAGACUGAAUAACAAUACAAAGUGAGGAAAAAAGUUGGAGAGGGAAUCAAGGUUUUUCUGUUUUAAGACAAAAGGGACAGCCAAUAAAAGUUUGGAUGGGAGACGGAGAGAAAUGAUCAGAAAAUUCAAAAUUGAUUGUCUGAGUGGUCCCUUUUCACCUGUAAAUGAAAAUAACCCUGAAGGGGAAGAGCAGAGGUGGAAGUGGCUGUGAGAUAGGAGUGCUGAGCUUGUUAAAGAGUAAAGAAGCAAUAAAUAUUUAAUGUUGACCAGUAAAAGGCACACAGAGAGAAAGAUGACAGAGUGGAUGUAGCCAGAGCAAUAGAAUGAUAGCUGUGCACGAUGCAGAAAUGAACAAAACCCUUGAAAUGCUUUCAUUCAAACAUUCAUGAAGCAUUGAUGGUAUGCCUGAAGAAGUUUGUAAAUAGCUAAAACAGGAGAGAGCUACUACUCUAUAGUUUUAUUUAAAAAAAGAAAAGGAAACUUGUUUUCAUGUUUUUUUCCACAUCAUUAAAUUCCAGUUGGUGCUGUGAACAUCAAAAAAAUCUCAUGCCAUCAAAUUUAUUGGAUAUUUGUAAAGAGCAUUUUUUAUGUUUGAAACAUUUUGAUAAAGCAUAGAUAUUUACUCUAAAUGGAGUUUGUUGAUUAAAACUCAUACUCUUCUAUUUCUAAUUCAUUGCAGCUGGUUAUUCUGGAUUGAUAUGCUGAUGUGUAAAUGUAAAACGUCACGUUUACUGUGGGCACUCGUAAAACACGCAUGUUUGUAUUGUAUAUCCCGUCCAAAAAAACUGAUCUAUGUACUCCACGUGACUAUACAAUAAUGGCUUAUUGUGUGUAUUGAAAUCUAUACGUUUGUAAUACGAUAGGCUUCAGUAUAUUUUCAAUUGGAUCAAUUCCAGUUAAAAACCCUCUUGCUCUGUCGAACAGACUAUAAAACCAGUAUUAUGUUAUUGGUUUCUGUUGAAUUUUUACUAGAGUGCAGAAUAGAUCUGCUCUAAAAUGUCAUUUCUGUGUAUGUAGACGUUGGUGAAUGUACUGAUGCAAUACAGCACAAGGACAGAGGUGAUUUUCAAGUUACUCUACAGUAUAAUUAUAGAUUUAUUGAUUCUCUGCCUGCGGCUCUAACUGCACCAAAUUCAUGACUUAAGAGCAGGAGGCUGCCUUUCUUUAAAAAACAAGUAACUUUAUCCUCACCCCUGUCCACUACCUGAAACGUGAGUAUUUGUUGGACUGAUCUCAUUGGUAAAAGCUAAACAAAUAUAAAUACUUUCAUACCCCUUACAUUGAGCUAUAACUAAAAAAAAAGUCUUGUAGAUGAACUGUGAAAAUGGCAACACAACUGUACAUUUUGUCUGUCCUGCAUGGAGCACUUUAAUGUUCCUGGUCUUAGUCUGUUUAUUCGUGAUGAUGUCACCUUUAUACGACUGCUUUGAAAUCUGUAUUCACACCACAUCCAUUUGUAUUCCAGAUGCAUAGGCCUGUAAAUACAGUCUGAAAAUGCUCAGACGUUUUAAGGAACGCAACAUGCUUAGUGGCAUUAAUGUUCAGUUACUGAAGUUAAUAAGUCACAUAAGUGUCAUUGAAACAGAGCUUAACACCAGCUUUCUGCAAUUCAGAUAUGAAAAAUAUCUGUGAAUGGACAGUUUAGUAGUUAUGUAGUUUUAUCUUAACCAUUCACUGAUACCGGAUCAGUAGAUUUGGUGGCACUCAGCUGUUUGACCAUAUCAGCAUAACGGCUAUUUUCCUCACAGUUCACUUUGGAAGUUGAUAUGCUGUUUUAAUGUUGACAGAGUUCCAGGCUGAUUUUAAUCAGUUACUAAAAACACAAAUUUGAAGGGAUAACUGUCCAUGUUUUAGUUCAGAGGUGUCCAAACUAUGGCCCAGGGGCUAAAUGUGCCCCAUGGUCCGUUGUUGAUUGGCCCACAGCAAAUUUUUAAAAGAAAAUGCAGCCCACAUUAAAAUAUGAAGCUUGUGCUCGACUGUGUUGCACUUCUUAGGUUCAGCACUAGGCAAUGGCACUGUGCUUAUUCUGUAAACAAACAUUUUGACAAGAAGAAUUUAUUGAUUUGUUUUUUUUGUGACUAAUUUGAGGCAAUUCUGAAAGCAGGAAAAAUAUUGGCAGGCAAAAUAACAAGGAUAUCUUGAUUUAAAACACACUUGUUAAUUACGGCAGCAAAUAGUAGUGCCAGUAGCAUUCUAAAGGCAGGGAUUGUUUUCACUGACUUUAAUGUACUAAGUGGCCGUACAGUUAUUUCUGUAUAUGUGGCCCUCAGUAGAAAAGGUUUGGACACCAGGGGUCGAGUUAAACUAACAUACCUUACUAGCUACCCUGAGACAAAACCAAACCAGCCGUUUGCAAGUUAACAUUAGUGCUAGCAAACACUACUUUGUCAAAGUUUCAGUUAUAUGAUAGGAAUGGCAAAAAUCUCAAGCAACAGUAAUAUUAGCUAAGAUGAAAACUUAAGCUAAGAAGAAAGAAAGCUAAGAAGUGAAUGUUAACGCUUCCUGAUCUUUUAUUGUAGCUAAUGUGGUAUCAGCUAUGUUCCUGAUAUGAUAAUAUCAACUAUAAAUAUCCUUUAUCAUAAUGUUUUUUAAAUUCGAUUUUGGAUCUGGCACCUGCAUUCAUGAAAUACAACAUGAUUAGUAUGCCAUAAACUACAGAUGGGCAAAAGCAUAGCUUAGCAUAAGGUUAGCUUUGAAAUGGCUGAAUGCUAAUGUGGCUUAUAGAAAGUGUUGAGUGGUACAGUUGAAAUGGGACAGAUACCUAGCCUAUGGUUGAAUUAGCUGAGAAAUUUGUUGAAUGCUAAUAUUAGCAGUUCUCUGAUGGUUGCCAAUGUGGUGUCAGGUAUUUAAAGAAAUCAUUUUUGUCAACGUAUUAUCGUUCAUAAAUGUCCUUGUGAACAGUAUGUCUAAGUCAAGUUCAGAGCUGGAACUUAAAUUAAAAUAGUCCAUUAGUUACCAUCAGACUAAAGCAUAUCUUACAAUUUAGACGUUUGAUAGCUAACAUUAGCAUUAGCUAAAAAGUGUCUGAAUGCUACAUUUUUGAAAGUGUUCAUUUAUAUAAAUAGAAACGGCAUAAAUUCCUUGGGAAUUGAAUUAGCUAAAAAGUGGUUGAAUGCUAACUGUAGCUGUUCUCUGAUGGUAGCUAAUAUGCAAGUACGUUACUUCUGUUAAUAUGUUAUAAAUAUCGUCUUUUUGUCUUAGUCGACUUUGUAGUUGAAACUGGACUACUAUCUUGUCAGGAAAACACAAGAGCCCAUUUGGUACCAUAAGACAAAUGCUAACCUUAGCCUUAAGCUAUUUGGAUCCAUUUGCUGACUAACAGUAGCAAUAGCUAAAAAAAAUUUGUCUGAAUGAAUCAUUUUUUAAAUUGUUCAUGAUACAAUAGUAAUGGCUUACAUUUGUGGGAAACAGUUAAAUUACCUAGAAGUGGUUGAAUGCUAAUAGUAGCUAUUCUCUUUUGGUGGCUUGUAUGCAAGUACGUUACCUCUGUUUAGAAAUACAUGUGGAAAUAUAUCAUAAAUAUUAUCUCGUUGUCUUAGUUGACUUUGUAGUUGAAACCAGACUGUAUCUAGUCGAGACAACACAAGAAAUAGCCCAUUUAAGACCAAAAGACAAAUGCUAACCUUAGCCUUUAGCCAUUUGCUGGCCAACAAUAACAUUAGCUUAGAAGUGGCUUAAUGUUUAUCCAAUGUGUAUGAUACAAAAGGGAUGGCACUGACAUUUUUUUCUUACAAAUGACAAACAACUGAAAACAAAGAAGUGCAACAUUUGCAUUUGAACUUACCUCCUUGUGGCUGUCAGAGGAAAGUAGCUGCUGUGUGAAUAUGGUAAAAAGUUCAGAGAUUUUUCUAUGGCUAUCUUGCUGUAAUGGGGUACUUAAAGGUAUUAGGACUGUGGUGUGUAACUUCUAUGAGUGUUGUCAGAGGUGUAAUGUGAAACAGAAUGAUACUUGAACUAGAGUAUUAUAUGUUAUUGAUGAUUAUGUGUCUGGUUAGUAUAUGGCAUAUCUGCCAUUUUGUCUGCUGUUGCCUAUUGUUACAGUUGCCAUUACAUGACUGAAUAGACACUGACUUGGCUGACAGGCAAGACUACUGAUACUGUAUCACUGCUUAAAACGUGCUUGUAUAUUGACAUACAACAAGACUGAGACACAUAGGGGAGAGGAGUUUAGAAAAAGAGAUUAUGUAUGCAUGACAGAAAACAGCACAGCUUUUUGGUGACUCAGAGCGGUCUGGUUAAGAGCACAUCACUGAAGCACUGUUCAAAUGCAUUUUAAUGGUGUCAAAUGACGAUUCUAAAUAUGCUGUACAUAUACACUUUUUGCCAAAACAAUAAAAAAUAUGGUUUUAUUAGA